AUGUUGGCGCGGGAGGGGCGGAAGCGCGUUCCUAGGACUGUGGUCGUCACGGGAACGCGCGUGGGAGCAGCGUAUAAAGAGGAUCAGACAGUGAUGGUUCGACAGUUGGUGCUGAUGGUGUGUCUCGCGCUCGUGCUGUUGGCGCGUGCCCGCGGCGGAGAGGCGCGUGUCAAACUGAAUUCCAUCAGAACGGUGAUCCUGAGGGACGGGCACGCGCUGCCGCUCAACAGGAGCACGUGGGAGCCCAGCCUGGACCUGACGUUGUACCAGUGUAUGAGCGACUUGGAGUGCAGAGAGGGGAGCUACUGCCACGUGCCUUCAAAAGGCCCCGCCCAUUCUCGCUGUCAGAACUGCCGUAGGAGGAAGAGACGUUGCCAUAGGGACGGCAUGUGUUGCCCAGGCAACCACUGUAGCAACAAUAUUUGUGUUCCUGACGUGGAUAGUUUCGCGUCUCAGAGGAUCCCGGACUCGGAUGGAGUGACUGGUUCUUUGUCUAAAAAGAAAGGAUGGAGGAAGAGAGGGAGGAUGGACGUCAAAGGAGUCUCCAGUAGAGGUCAGGUAGGCGAUCCCUGCCUCCGCUCUUCAGAUUGUUCCGAUGGUUUGUGCUGCGCACGCCACUUCUGGACCCGUAUCUGCAAACCCGUGCUGCGGGAGGGACAAGUUUGCACCCGACACCGCCGCAAGAGCAACCACGGCCUUGAGCUUUUCCAGCGCUGCUCCUGCGGCGACGGACUCAGCUGUCGAGCACUGCGGGAGCCCGGCGCCUCGCCUUCCACGUCAUCUUCAUCUUCGUCACUUCUGGCAGCGGCGAAGUCCAAGUUCGCACCACCGACCUCACAGUCCCGCCACUCCUCUCCUCACACUUCUCUGCUGGGUUCUUCGGCAUCAAAGUCAUCGCCAGAAGUGGCGAAGACGAGACUUCACGUGUGCCAGAAAAACUGA